AGCACCAAAAAAUAUUGACACACAACCGUCAUAUGAGAGCUCCUCCUUGCCAUAUAUAAAUUAAAAAGGAAUUGCCACGGAAACCCUUCCUCUCCCUCCUCCCCCUACACCAUUGUUCUCGCGCCUCUUCAGGAUCCAGUAACCCUACCAAAACCCUAGAAACCGCCAUAGCUGUUAGAGGUGAGAGAAGUUGCUGUGAACCUCCCACCAUUUUCCCCUUCUCUCACCUCAUUUUCUACGAUCCAACCUUACACUCACUCAUUCAGUAAUGGCAUCUUCAGUUCAGCAAGCCCCAGCUGGGAUUGUUCCUCCUACUGCUGAUAUUGUCGGUAAUGCCUUUGUUCAUCAGUACUACCUUAUUUUGCAUCAAUCCCCCGAGCUUGUUCACCGGUUUUACCAGGAUAUAAGUAAGCUUGGCCGUCCUGAAGAAAAUGGGGUUAUGAGUACUACAUCCACCAUGCAAGCAAUCAAUGAAAAGAUACUUUCACUUGAUUAUGGAAAACUUAGUGCAGAUAUCACAACUGUGGAUGCUCAAGAUUCUUAUAAUGGGGGAGUCUUUGUCCUUGUAACUGGAUAUUUGACUGGAGAGGACAAUUUGAGGAGAAAAUUUACUCAGAGUUUCUUCCUAGCACCACAAGACAAAGGCUACUUUGUAUUGAAUGAUGUUUUUAGAUAUGUAGAUGAGCCCAUUCAUCAGAAUGAGAACCAGGUUGUGGUUAAUGAUGUUGAUGGUCCACUUGCUCCUGAACACGAAUCUUCUGCUGUGCAGGAGAAUCAUGUUUCUGAACAUGCAACCGCAGUGCCUGAUGAUAUUGAUAAAGAGGAAGUAUACAAUACUGAAAAUGUAGAAGUUUUAGUUGAAGAAGAGGAAGCUCCAGUACCUGUGGCUGUUGAUGAAAUUCCGGAUGACGUGCAGGUGGUGGAUGAAUCUAAUUCUAAAUCUGAAGUGCCAAAGAAAUCAUAUGCCUCAAUUGUUAAGGUUAUGAAGGAGAAUGCUGUACCUUUUUCAGCUCCUAGCCCUUCUCCUGUGAGAUCUGCUGUGCAAAAGAACCCAGAGCAGCAUGUGAAUGUGACAGCUACUCCAGCACCAACCCCAGCAUUGAUUUCCGAGACACUAACUUCCAGUGCAAAUGUUAGCGAAAAUGGAAACAUUCAAGAGGCUGAAGCUGAUGGUUAUUCCAUCUAUAUUAAAGGUCUGCCUGUGAAUGCUACAGUUGCAGUUCUUGAGAAUGAAUUCAAGAAAUUUGGACCCAUUAAAAGUGGUGGUGUACAAGUUAAAAGCCAAAAGGGAUUUUGUUUUGGUUUUGUGGAAUUUGAGGUGGCAAGUGCUGUACAAAGUGCAAUAGAGGCUUCACCCAUUAGUAUCAAUGGACGUCCAGCUGUGGUCGAGGAGAAGAGGUCUACCAAUCGAGGGAAUAAUAGGGGAAGAUUUUCGUCUGCACGGAGUAAUGGAUACAGGAAUGAGGGAACAAGAGGGCGUGGAAGUUAUGGGAGUGGCAGAGGUUAUGGUCGUGGUGGUGACUUUAAUAGCAGGGCUGAAUUUGGAAACAAGAAUAACAACAGGGGAGGAAUGGCAAACCGUGGAGGUGAAGGAUAUCAGAGGGCUGAAAAUGGUGGACGUGUGAAUCGUGCUGGUGGGCUAGGUGUGAAUGCAACAGCCAAAUCUACAGCACCACGAGUGUCAGCUUCUGCUUGAGAAGCUAAGCUUGGAGAGAGGUUGAUUUUUUUUCCUUUUUCUUUUAGAAUUGCGCGGAUUACCAAGUUGUUGGAUAGCAUUCAGAGGGCUGUGUCUGAUCAUUCAUAGAUGAACUACCAGACAUUUUCUUAUAGGAUUUUCUCCCAAUCCUUUUGUCCCUUUUUCAUUUGUUGAUUGGUUUGGGAUGGAUAGCGUUCAAAUUCAUGCUUAGCAUUGCAGUGUUCCCAUCAAGUCUCCCUAUGAAGUUUUGCUCAUUUUGUUCCUUUUUUUUUUUUUUUUUUUUUUUUUCCAAAAUUUUCUUUUGGAAUUACAUUUAGGUCUGUCAAUCGUUAUUUGCAUGGGUAGUGAUACAUUGGUUAGGUUAGUGCUCAUCUUCAGUAUGGAUUUUAUGCUGAAACAAAUCAUCUGUAGUUCUCGUUAUAAUUGAGCAAUUCUAAGUAAAGGAAAUUAUAUUGUCUUGUA